AUGUCGACUGAACAGGCCGCUGUGCAUCCCAUCGCCUCAACCGCCGAAUACUACAGUCUAGGAUCUUUCACGCGUACAAUUACCACGAAGAGCCCUGAAGCCCAAGAAUGCCUGAAUAAAUACCACAAUGCCUCCCGAAAGGCCAAAGAAUUGCUGAACAGCAUUACCGUGACCCCAGUAGAACAGGCCCUCAUCAAUGCAAUCCAAGCUCGCUUUCCAGCUGACCAUCCGACCCCCUACGACUUCCCCACCGUGGACAAAGCAUACGCCAACACCAUGAAGGAAGUUUACCAAUGCUUUGGAGACGAUGACCUCGACGUAGCCACCCUCUAUGCCGACGCAUUGAUGCACACAGCCCUCCGGAAGAUGUUUCAUGUACAAAGUGGUCUGCCUAUUGCGGGCUCCCCCAUCCACGACGUAAGAGCCGUGUUCGACCUGGAGAUGUCUGCCACACCGACCGCCGCCCUUCCCGCUGCGGACCGGCUUCGUCACCUCGUCCCGGACGCCGGCCAUAUGCACCACAUGCCCACACACCUCGACGUCCUGGUCGGCGACUACCGACGUUCCAUAGACUCAAACACAGCUGCUGUCCACGCAGACGAGAAAUAUCUCGCCAAAAACGGUGCAAAGAACUUCUACAGCUUCUACUGCCUUCACAACUACCACUCCCUAGUCUACGCAGCCAUGCUAGCAGGCCAGUCAACCGCGGCUCUCAGGGCCCUCGACCAAAUGGAAUCUUCGCUCACAGACGACGUGCUCCGUGUCAAGACUCCACCGCUAGCAGACUGGCUGGGGUUCUUCAAAGCAGUCCGCGUACACGUCUAUAUCCGCUUCGGGCUCUGGGGCGAGAUCAAGAAUCUCCCCCUCCCCGACGACCAAGACCUAUACUGUGUAACCACCACAAUGACCCACUACGGCAAGGGCAUGGCCUGGGCUGCAACAGGAAAUCUCCCUGAAGCCGACAAGGAGCGCGAGCUCUAUCACGCGGCCGUGAAACGGGUCCCACCGACAAGAAAAGAUUUUCCGAACCUGAUUUCCGAUGUUCUGAAAGUAGCGACGGCUAUGCUGGACGGCGAAAUCGAGUACAGGCGAGGCAACUAUGACCGUGCUUUUGAGCCUCUGCGCGAGGCUAUUCAUCACGACGAUUCGCUGAUGUAUACUGAACCGUGGGGGGUGGAUGCUUCCCACGCGCCAUACGUAUGCGGCUUUGAUGCUGGAGCAAGGUCAUGUGGAAGAGGCCGCUACUGCUUAUGCGUAGGAUUUGGGAUUGGAUGA